CUUCUUCUUCAUCUUCUUCUUUUUGUCUGUUAUCUGUUCGUUAAAGUUCCAUGGCCUCAAUCCAUCUUUCUUCGUUCUCGUCUUCUGUAGAGAACACCCAUCUUGUCUCUCCAUUACCGUCUCAAAAGCACCGUUCUUUCUCUCCAAACACCUUCCAAAACCCCUUCUUUUCUCCCAAAACGUCAUGUUCUCAAUACAUUUCGCAUACCCAGAAACCUCCUUUUAAGCUCUCUUCCAAGAAUCCUAUCUCAGAUUUAAUCUCUUCUGAACAAAACCCAGAUGGGCCUUUCAUUGGUUCUGAUGAUGAUGAUGAUGAUAAGCCCCGAGAAGAAUGCGGCGUUGUGGGUAUCUACGGUGAUCCUGAAGCCUCCAGGCUCUGCUAUUUAGCCCUCCACGCCCUUCAACAUCGUGGCCAAGAGGGCGCUGGGAUCGUCUGUGUCAACAAUGGUGUGCUCCAAUCCAUCACCGGCGUAGGCCUUGUAUCCGAUGUUUUUAACGAGUCUAAGCUGGAUCAGCUUCCGGGCGAAUCCGCAAUUGGGCAUGUUCGGUACUCCACCGCAGGCUCUUCCAUGCUCAAGAACGUUCAACCCUUCGUUGCUGGUUACCGUUUCGGCUCUGUUGGAGUUGCUCAUAAUGGAAAUUUGGUGAAUUAUCGCUCUCUCAGAGCGGGCCUUGAAGAGAAUGGCUCCAUCUUCAAUACUACCUCCGAUACAGAGGUUGUUCUCCACUUGAUUGCAACAUCAAAAACUCGUCCUUUCUUUCUUCGAAUCGUCGAGGCCUGCGAGGUGCUCAAAGGAGCGUAUUCGAUGGUCUUCCUCACAGAAGACAAGCUGGUUGCAGUGCGUGACCCAUAUGGGUUUCGCCCUCUGGUGAUGGGAAGGAGAAGCAAUGGUUCUAUUGUGUUUGCUUCUGAGACCUGUGCGCUUGACCUCAUAGAAGCAACCUAUGAGCGUGAGGUUAAUCCUGGAGAGGUGUUGGUGGUUGACAAAAAUGGGGUUAAAUCGCUCUGCUUGAUGCCUCAUAAGGAGCGGAAGGCUUGUAUCUUCGAGCAUAUCUACUUCUCUUUACCCAAUUCUGUGGUAUUUGGUCGAUCAGUCUAUGAAUCUCGUCAUGCUUUUGGGCAGAUACUAGCCACCGAAGCUCCUGUGGACUGUGAUGUUGUGAUAGCUGUGCCGGACUCCGGCGUGGUUGCGGCUCUUGGGUAUGCAGAGAAGGCAGGGGUUCCCUUCCAGCAAGGACUGAUAAGGUCACACUAUGUGGGUAGAACGUUCAUUGAGCCCUCUCAGAAGAUUAGAGAUUUUGGAGUAAAACUCAAGCUUGCACCAGUUCGUGCAGUAUUAGAAGGGAAGAGGGUUGUGGUUGUGGAUGAUUCAAUUGUGAGGGGGACUACUUCUUCCAAGAUAGUUAGGUUGCUCAAAGAAGCAGGGGCCAAGGAAGUUCACAUGAGAAUUGCAAGCCCACCAAUUAUUGGGUCUUGCUAUUAUGGUGUUGACACACCCAGCUCAGAGGAGUUGAUUUCUAAUAGGAUGACUGUAGAGGGGAUUAGGGAGUUCAUUGGGUCUGACUCACUGGCGUUCUUGCCUCUCAACAGCUUGAAAAAGUUGCUUGGCCGUGAUUCUCCAAACUUUUGUUAUGCUUGCUUCUCUGGGGAGUACCCUGUUCCUCCUAAUGAAGUCAAGGUGAAAAGGUUGGGUGACUUUGUGGAUGAUGGUUUGAAUGGCAGUUUAGAAUUGAUAGAUGGAGGUUGGAUUAAAGGAACUAAAAAUGGGCAGCUUAAUUGACCAAGUAGUGGUCGUUGGACGAAGAUUUUGCUUGCAGACCUCUAAUGUAAUUUUAGUAUGCUUUUGCCUUGGAUGGGAACCCAAAUUGUGUUUAUUUGGCUAGUAAGUGAGUACAGGUAUUUCAAAGGUCUGAAUGGAUCGUAUUUAUUUUCUCUUUAGAAGAUUUGGAGUUCUAACUGUGGACAGAUCCAAUCAGGUAGAGCCUUAUUGUAACAUCUAUUCACAGAUGACUUUUAUGUUAUACCAUAAGAUUACAUUGCAAAUUUUUGUUUCAA